CAUCAUAUUCACCGUGGAUGUUGUUCUGUUCGGCAGGUGUCGACCUGAUCACAGCGUGUGACAUCCGCCUGUGUACCCAGGACGCCUGGUUCCAGAUCAAGGAAGUUGAUAUUGGACUUGCAGCAGACGUUGGAACUCUUCAGAGACUUCCUAAACUCAUCGGCAGCCGCAGCUUAGUGAACGAGCUCGCUCUGACUGCCAGGAGGAUGUACGCUGAUGAAGCCAAGAGCAGUGGACUGGUCAGCCGAGUGUUUGCAGAUAAGGAGACGAUGAUGGCUGGAGCUCUGGAGAUGGCCGGGGAGAUCGCUGGUCGCAGCCCUGUAGCUGUGCAGGGAACCAAAAUCAACCUCAUCUACUCCAGAGACCACAGUGUAGCAGAGGGACUGGACUACAUGGCUUCGUGGAACAUGAGCAUGCUUCAGACUCAAGAUGUGAUGAAGUCAGCUCAGGCCUCCAUGGAGAAGAAAAGCCCCAAGACGAUAAAGUUCUCCAAACUCUAAAUGUCACAGAGGCAAAGUUCAGAUCAACACAAAGCUGCCAUUUUAUUUUUUCCCUGUUGCCUUUUUUUUGGGGGGGAAGGAGAGAAUAUGUGA